AUGUUGCGAUUUGUAUCAGCUAUUGCCAUCCUGGCGGCGACGGCCGUCCAGUCGGCCCCGGUUGAACCAGCCCAGUAUGCCUUCGUCACGAAGCAUCAUCACGUCCCGGAGCACCAUCACAUGCUGGAGCACGUGCAUCAUGUGCCGGAACCUCAGCUGGCCGUGUCCUAUCCGGUCGAGCUGCUGCAGGAUCAUCAUCACUACCACCAAGAAGAGCCACAGCUUGUGCUGAGCAACGACAAGUACCUCGGGGAGUCGCAUGAGUACCACCAUCACGAAGCUCCAGCCACUAGCUAUAGCGAGGGUAACGACUACAGCACCCUGUACGGUGGAAAGCACGGCUCACACCUGUACGACAACUACCAGUACGGUCAGCACGAUUCCGGAUAUGCCAAGAAGUACGACGAGUACAACGCCUACCCCAAGUACAGCUUCGAGUAUGGCGUAGAUGACCCGCACACCGGAGAUCACAAGAAGCAGUGGGAAUUCCGUGAUGGAGACGUCGUGAAGGGUGGAUACAUGCUAAAGGAGGCUGACGGAACAACCCGUGUCGUUGAGUACACCUCGGACGACCACAACGGCUUCAACGCAGUGGUGAAGAAGUUCGGCCAUGCUCAUCACCCGGAACCGGUGAAGCAACACAACACCUACGGCUACAUCGGUAACUAUGCCGGAGCAUAUGCGACCGGUGAUCACUACAGCAAGGGUGCCACCAGCUACGCUAAGGUCUGGAAGCAGCACUAA